GGUCGUCCUCGCGCCACCCUCCUUGAGCCAUGACCACGACCGCCACAAUGAUGACGCCGCCGCAUCAGGGCUCUUUACCGAUGUCCACGGCCAACAUGUCGUUGACGAUAGCAUCCUGGCUGCCCUCAGUGCCCACUCCGACCCAGUCGAUGCCCUCAUUUCUCUCCAGCCCGAACUGGCGGCACAACUGUCUGAACGGCGUCUGAUCCACGUUCAAGGACAGACCGAGCCGGAAUGGAUGACCGAGGGAGACAAGUUGCACCUCAGGAGGGAGGGCAAGAAGUUUAUGGAUAUCACGGAUCAUCAAGAUCUAUACAAGGACUCUGUCAAUACUCGGGCAGGGAAAGCUAACCUCCCCAACUUGACCCAUCAGAGACUUGUCAAGCCGCUCUUCCCCAAGAUCUCGACCAAGCGGAUGCACGACGUCCUGGAGCACAUGACCUCCUACUACAACCGCUACUACGGCGGGCCUACCGGCGAGGAGAGCUCGCAAUGGCUGCACGACCACAUCCAGUCCAUCAUCGCCGAGUCGCCCUUCCACACCCACAUCUCCCUCGAAUACUUCACCCACCGCUUCCCCCAGUCCUCCAUCAUUGCCCGCUUCGAGCCCAAGGUCCGCGACUUUGACAAGCCCUUGACCAUCAUCGGCGCCCACCAGGACUCUGCCAACUACCUGUUCCCGCUGCUGCCGGCGCCAGGUGCGGACGAUGACUGCUCGGGUACUGUGAGCAUAUUAGAGGCCUUCCGGGUGUUGGCUCUGAGCGGUUAUGUGCCCAAGGAUGGACCUGUGGAGUUCCAUUGGUAUGCGGCGGAGGAGGGCGGCCUGCUGGGCAGCCAGGACAUUGCCGCAUAUAAGAAAAAGGAGGGUGCCAACAUUGGAGCCAUGAUGGAAUUUGACAUGACUGCCUUCAUCGCCCGUAACGCGACGGAGAGCAUUGGGUUCAUCAAGACAGACGCGGAUGCCCCUCUGACCAAGUGGGCCGUGGAGCUGAGUGAGGCCUACAUCUCCAUCCCGACAAGCGUCUACGAGCUCAUGCCCGGUGCCGGCUCUGAUUACAUGUCUUACACCAAGCUGGGUUUCCCGUCGACAUUUGCAGCUGAAGGGAACCCAGUUGCUGGCGGCUUCCCUGGUGAAUUUGACCCAUAUGUCCAUACCGCCAACGACAAGAUGACGGUCGACGAUGAGACUGGGUACUUCUCUGUCGACCACAUGGCGAGGUUUUCGGAGUUAGCUAUUGCCUUUGCUGUCGAACAGGGUGGUUGGGACAAUGCUUGGAGGUAAAACAGAAUUCCAAACGUAGCCGGAGAGGCUCCAUCUGUAAUUACAUACCAGAAGAUGGACAUGGACACUUGAUCAGCAGCAUACCCAUUAGGUUGACCAGGCCGAGCAACCAAGAAUUACUUACACCUAAUUUCCCGGUC